GAACGGUAUGUAACCGGGUUCACUGACCGGGUUCACCCGAUUGCCGAUUAUGAUUUUGACGUUCUAUAUAGGACUUUGUCUCGGAUGGUAUAGCAAAGUACAUGUGACAGCUAUUUCAUCAAUUUGUACAUGGAGAGGGAAUUAUUUGUCACUGCAACCAAACGGAAAGGGCGUAUGUUCCCCUUGCUCUCAGUGUCCAGCAGGCAAGUUCAUGCGUGCUCGUUGCACAAAGGACGUUGACACCAGAUGCGCGCAAUGCCGACACGGGUACUUUUCACUUGGUGGCUUCAAAAAGAAAUGUACAAAAUGCCGUAGACCAGUGUGUGAGAAGGGGUUUAGAUAUAUCGGAUGCAAAAGGUAUCGAAACGCAGCGUGUGUGCCUUGCAAGAAGGACUACUUCUAUCUUCAAUCGACGAAUGAGUGUAAGAGAUGCAGCAUAUGCCCACCUGGGCACUACGCCAGCAGUCCAUGCGGUUUAUUUAACGAUACUUUGUGUAAGCCAUGUCCAGAGGGCACGUUCCUGGAGAGUUACAAUUUGCAGUUAUAUUGUAGAGCGUGCACGUUCUGUAGGUUUGGUGAGCAGACUAUCCGGGAAUGUACAGCCGACCACAACACUAAAUGUGGGAGCUGUUCCGAAGGCUACUUCCGACUUGAGUCCUCUUAUGAGUGUGCAAAGUGUUCUGUGUGCUAUAGAGGCUAUCCAGAGUAUGUUAUAGAGGUAGAUGAGUGUCGAAGUAGCGAGAAUAACAGCGAUACUAUUUGCAUGCCGGUGGCCUAUCCGCCAUUCGGAUAUCCAGAUGACGAGGAGGAAUACGAUUAUGAACUGAUUACGACAAGGGAGUCGCCUGUUUCUUGGGCUGAAGGUGUUGGUGAUGUUUUGAUAGCAGUCUUUGUAAUAAUGGUGGCUGUACUCAUCGGCAUCAGCAUUUCUGUUGGCUUUUGCUGCAUCAGGAAACGGAGGCGUAGGAAAGGGAAGGAGACGAGGAAAUUAUUACCAGUGACACCAAGCACCAAGGUGGAAGAGUGGAUGACUAAAAUUUAUGACAGCGAAACUGUCGUAAUGAUAGCAUCUAACAGUGAACCGAUGUUAUUCGUUCAUGUUGAUGAUAAACCCCAUCGAAAUUCAUAUCCAACAGCUUUGUCAUUGGCAAAAAACCUUGAGGCGGGGCAUUUAUCAUCGCCCCUGCAUAAUACUAGUUCAGAAAAUGAAGAGUUUGACUUGCUCUCCGUUUCAAAAGACGAUCUACCGUCAGCAAAUAUAAACAAACUGGCUCUGGAAGAGUCCCAUGUUCAUGUGACUGAUGAAAACGUGUCAGCUGUUCCAACAGAGGAAUGUAACGCUACGUCGGAAACCGACCUUAUCUUUACCAUAGAAAAUCUUAACAAGAGUUUUGCUGAGGGUCCGAUGGUACACAGCGAUACUCGUCCCCAGGUUAAAGACAAACAGAUGGGUAACAUAUCAACAACAGAUACCGGUUACUGCUCCACCAAGAUUGCCAAAAACACACAAAAUACAACGGACCACGUGCAAGAAAAUGUUACUUGGGGCGAACCUUCAUACAGUAUGAAAGAACCGGUACAAGGGGAGAACACGUUUCUUAUUGUUAAUACGCAAAACUCAGCUUCAGAACCCACAACUAUAAAAGAAACUGCAGCAUCAGUGUUGCCACGGACGACUGCCGUGGAUGGUCACUCUUCCACUUCAAGGGGAUCGAUAGGAAGUUCUAGUACCGCUGCCGGUCAACAGUUAUCUCUGUUAUCAAGUAAAGCUAGUGACGAUCUUAUUGAUCUAGACAGCGAUAUUGGUGGUGCUUCAACGAUAUAUUCAAGAAAUCAAAAUGAUUCAGAACUAAAAGAUUUUAAUGCAACCACGUCAAUACCAACCUUAACAAAUUCAUCACCUGCGUCUCGUUAUAGCACUGUAUUACACAGGUCUAACAGAGAUACCAUUAUAGUUGAAAGGUGCCAACAACGCAAAUGUCGUUCUAUGGAUUCAGCUUGUGAUGAAGACUAUGCUUUUCACGCACCUGCCCGUAGGAUGCAGCAGUCGGCAGAUUCUCGAACUUUGCAUUAUUCGGAUAGCCAGGUGGAUUCGUAUUUAGAACAAUCUUCUUGUCCGGACAUGUUCAUUAAACACAUGGAAGACAAACACUCCUCUUGUACAUGUACGGAUUGUUCCUCUAUACAAUCGCUGUAGUAGGUUUUCACUAGUCAUUACAGUUUCUACAAGUAUUACGCAGUAAACUAUAAAUGUACAAGGAAUGCUAUUUGAGCUCCUGGUUUCGCCUCGAUCCAAAUUUGAUGUAUUCUAGAUGGGCAGCUACUGAUUGUAUAUGCCCUUCAUUUUUUUGGACUGGUCGUUUGUCGUAUGGGAAGAGUCCAUCCGUUCGUUUGUCCACAAUUUAGAGCCAAAAAAUGUUUUAGUUUAUUUAAAUAUCAUUCGAUUUUUAUAUAUCAUGGUAAGCAUGUACACUGAAAAAGCCAGAGACGAAAUAAGCAAAAUAUGUGCAUAAUUUAUUAACAUACUACACUCCAGUUGGUCGAGAGUUCCUAUGAAACUUAUAUUAUAUCUUAUGAAUAUUUAUACUAUAAAAAGUCAAAGAAUAUAGUAAAUGCUGGAAAAACUAUGCGUAUAUAUAUUUAGCUUACCUAGCCCUGAUUCGUUAAAAUUAUUUGCUAAAUAACGUAAUCAAACAUAAUCGGCUCUCAUUAAUCUAAGUCAUUAUUUAUAUGAAACACUGACAAAGGCUUAAUACCAAGUCAAGAAACCUGUGCUUAAUUGAUUAUUAUACUGCGCUCUUAUUUGUCGAAAGUUUUCGAACAAGGAUUUUGAUGAAACUUGGUCAAUUUGUAAAAGGCAAAGUUUAAAUUAAAAGCGUAAGCUGCUAUGAUAAGUAAGAAGCACUUUACAAUAUAUAUGGUAAUGACAGGUCACGAUGAGUGGAUUAUGAGCAAAAGAAUGCAAUACCAUUUCUAUUUUAUGUUUUGAAAUGAAGGUCAUUUAAUCAAUUUACAUACAUUUUUGAAGGUAUUAAAGAAAAUAUAAUAUACGGACAUUUACCCUGAAUUAAGUUGCUAAAGGACAAUAGGUUUUCUCCUUUUAUCAUAUCGCAGAAAUAAUUCAUUUUUACAGAGUUAUGCAGUACACAUGUAGUUUCUUAUAUAUACAUUCCCAUGUUUCCAUAAUUUUGUACAAUAAUGCACCAGAGGGAUUUAAAGUAUGUCAAUUUGGCAUAGGACGGACAUGUAUUGUUCCUCCCCUUGUUAUCGGGGUUAAUUUUGGAUUUGUGUGUUAACGUUGUGCCAUAUUUUGUUUUAGUCAAUAGUCUUUGGCUAGAUUGUCUUUGUCAAAUUUGAUACAUUAUUUUGUGUAAAAGGUCGGACAGUUCUUAAAUUAUUUAGAUAGCUUUUUUUAACUUUUAUAUUGUACACGGGAUGUAAAACAUUAAUGUGAACUGUUAGAUUGUAUAAUGACAAUAAUGCGACAAUCAAGUAAUAAAAUAACCCCUAAAUUAUGGAUUGAAGUAAUCCUGUGUAUUAUUCAUAGAAGCUAUACUAUAUAGGUAUGUGGAAUAUGGAUAUUCUGCAUAUACUGAUGGUAGAACAGCAACACCCUUCUUCAAUUUCAUUUGAAUGAUUUACUUUUGAUUCUCUCGAAACAUUCAACAAUGCCAUUGCAAAUGAAACAGUAGGUAUAGGCUUUCUAGACAAGGUACAAAUCAUUAGAGCAUAAAAGUGUGAUACAUCACUUAUUUUUAAAUAAUCAGAAUGAGAUUCAUCAGUUUGGUUUGAACACAAACAUUAAUUGAAAACUUAUUUUGCGAGCCUUCGAAGUGGAAUUGCUUUCAGCGAUUUAGAGUCGAGACACCGGUCAUUUGCGUCUUUGCUUGACAAAUGAAACGGAUGUUUUCGAAAGCUCGAAAAAUAAGUUUUCAAUAACUGUUUGGGUCAAAACUAACUCAGCAUAUACCUUUCUAUAAUCAUACUAUAAAAACCUCUGUUAUGGAAUGAGUAGUGAAUCGGGAACAGCAUCGACUGUUUUUUUUUUUUGUAUGAAUAGGCCUCGUCUUUAUUUUCAUCUAGCACUUGAAUCAUAUCUAGAUUUACAUUUUACAUUGUUGAUCUACAGUUUUUCAAUAUUUGGCGUUGUGGCGUAGCAGUUCAAACUGAACAGACCACUAAACUGCCAUUUAUGUUAUGUGUAGCGUUUGUUAGCUACACUAAGAACAACUCACAAUGGUAGAAUUAAUAUUUUUCCCUCCAAAUUUAUAUUUCCCCAGACAUAUUUUUCAGGAAUUUGUAUAUAUCUAUAUUUCUAGCAAGAAUUGGUAUAUAUACAUAAAUAUUUUUAUAGGAACUGCUAGGGUUAAGGAGCCCUGGGGUCUGACCCCGAACAGUAGUGUGUCCUCACACAAGAGGGCGUUCAUUCAACAUUCAUCUUUCACUCUCUUUCUGAAUUUAGUUUAUUUGUAGUGAGUAAAAAAGGAGGGCUAUACGGAGGGUGGUGGGGAAUAACACAUUUGCAAAUGUUAAGUGAUAGUAUAGAAAUUAUUUAAUGACAUUUGUAUUGUAAGACACUGGACCUAUAGUAUAAGUAAUAUUUAAUGACAGUUGUAAUGUUAGACACUGGACCUAUAGUAUAAGUAUUAUUUAAUGACAGUUGUACUGUUAGACACUGGACCUAUAGUAUAAGUAUUAUUUAAUGACAGUUGUACUGUUAGACACUGGACCUAUUAAGAGUUGACACUUUUACACAAUAAAACUCUGUUGUUUCGUUAGAUACAAUGUUGUUAAAAAGGAAGCAUCACUAUUGAAAUAAGCUGGUACCAUAACUUUAAUACCGAUAUAUAUUAAGUGUUCUGAGCCAUGAUACGACCAUUGUUU